CUUCUUCUCUCUCUCUCUAUCUAAAGCGGAAACGAAUAGUUACAGUUCACAAAGUAAUCUCUUCCCUCAAGCUUUCUAUCUCUCUUUCCUCCGUUAGACCCGCUCUCUCUCCAGUCCCCUUCUUCUUCGUUUUCCCUUUCCUCAUCUCUCUUUUCUAAUACGAUGACAUCGAAGAACAACGGCUUGUCAGCCGCGCUUGUCUCCAAUCUCCAGGACGUGCUUUCCAAGAGAAAAGGAGGCAGCGAUGAAUCGGAGGAGGAGCCUCCCUCCACUUCCGUUGCGGCCAAGGAGGAGGAGGAGAAGAAGGAGAUCGACGAUGACUCAAGACCAAUCGUUUUAGUCACGAAUGGAGAUGGGAUUGAUUCUCCUGGGCUCGUCUCUCUCGUUGAGGCUUUGGUUAGCGGAGGGCUCUACAAUGUCCACGUCUGUGCUCCUCAAACGGACAAAUCGGUUUCUUCUCAUUCUAUGACUCCUGGAGAAACCAUCGCUGCGAGUUCCGUUGAUAUCAAAGGUGCCACCGCCUUUGAAGUUUCAGGGACUCCUGUGGACUGCAUCUCGUUAGGAUUAUCAGGAGCGCUUUUCGCUUGGUCAAAACCAAUACUGGUGAUUAGUGGAAUCAAUCAGGGAUCAAGCUGUGGGCAUCAGAUGUUCUAUUCCGGUGCAGUGGCUGGAGCUAGGGAAGCUUUGGUUUCUGGAGUACCUUCUUUGUCAAUAUCACUGAACUGGAAGAAAGGUGAAAGCAAAGAAAGUGACUUUAAGGAGGCUGUUGGUGUCUGUUUACCUUUGAUAAACGCAACUAUCAGAGACAUUCAGAGAGGAGUUUUCCCUAAAGACUGCUCUCUCAACAUAGCAGUUCCAACAUCACCCUCUUCAAACAAGGGUUUCAAGGUAACAAAACAAAGCAUGUGGAGGCAGAGUCCUAGCUGGCAAGCUGUUUCAGCUAACCGCCACCCUGGUGCUGGGAAUUUCAUGUCUGACCAACAAAGCCUAGGAGCUCAGCUUGCCCAGCUUGGCAGAGAUGCUUCAGCUGCUGGGGCUGCUCGUCGUUUUACAACACAGAAGAAGAGUAUUGUGGAGAUUGAAUCGGUUGGUGUUGCACCUAAAACUGAGAGCCGUGUUAAGAAAUACUUUCGCCUAGAGUUUGUGGCUAAAGAAGAAGAACAUACGGAUGAAGAUUCGGAUAUCAAGGCUCUAGAAGAUGGUUUUGUAUCUGUGACUCCACUGUCCCUACUUCCAAAAAUGGAUUCAGAAACUCAUGCCGCAGUGUCAGAAUGGAUCUCCAAAGCCCUUAACUCUGAUCAAUGAAAAAGGUCAUAGUCAGUAAAUUAUGUUGCAUGAUUUUGGCCAAAACCCCUGCCAACAAAUCUGGUAACUCGAUAUUGCAUUUGUUUGUUCUUGUGGUCUUGUUGUUAUUUAACACGCAUUUUUCUAUAUUAUUUGUUUGAUCCCCCUACAAGUCUCGUGGGUUGUUUUUUUAUUGAUUGUCGUCAGUAGCUGUUUGGGAACGCUUACCUUUGUAAUUGAAAAAGGGUCGGUCUGUUUUCUCAUUCAUACAACAUUGUUUUUUUCUUGUAUACCUUUUGAUUGAGUGACAGGCAUAUAGAACAUGAUCCACA